UGUGGAAUCCUCAUAGUAUCAUAACCCAACUCUUCUUCACUUAGAGCAACCAAAUCCUCAUAGUAUCGUUGUGACUUUCUAUUUCGUCCAACAAUAACAACUCAUAGCCAGAAUUAUAUCACUUUCAAUCAAAUCUUCUAGUUUUGCCACUUAUUUCGUCUCUAUGUUGCACUCCUCUGUCGUUGGUUGUUGGUGAAGAGGGCUUCUUCCUCGUAAUGCUUCAAAGCUUUAGACGCUUAUUGCUCCAAAACACCUCCCGCUCGUCGUCACCGUCGGCUGCCACACAACCAUAGUAGCUGCCACUUGCCAGCCGUGCAGGAUAAAUCAAGAGGAGAUAAUUUAAGGAAGGAAAAAAAAACAUAAAUGACGGAUGCUAUAAUUUCAGAAGUGGUGGGGAGAAUUGCAACUAUCUUAGAAGAUAAGAUUUGGUAUGAAGUCAAUUUGGUCAGAGGCGUGAAGGACGAGCUUCUUUUUCUUUCCAAGAAGCUCAAGACGAUCCGAGAGGUGUUGGAUGAUGCAGAAAAGAGAGGAGUGAAAGAUAAUAGCGUCAAAAGUUGGUUGAAGAAGCUCGAAGCUACAGCCUAUGAGAUGGACGAUAUUUUGGAUGAAUGGAACUAUUCUCUUCUCAAAGAUAAGAUGGAAGGUUCAGCUGAGCCCGAGCCUACUAAGCAAAAGAUAGGAUGCUCCUUCAUCAGAUCUUCUUGUUUAUGUUUCAAGAAAGUUUCUGUCCGUCGUGAUAUUGCCAAGAAAAUAGAAACUGUGAAAGCUAUGCUUGAACAGAUUUACAAAGAGAGAAAUGAAUUUAAUUUUGUCAUCUCAUCGUCCGCAACUGAUCCAGUGCCCACACCUUGGCGAGUGCAAUCCACACAUUUUGUCGACUUGACGAAGGUGCAUGGGGAGGAUAUACAUAAGAAAAAAGAAGACAUAGUGAGGAAACUAAUGCUCAAUGGUGGUGACACCCAAAUCUUGUCUAUUGUUGGAACUGGGGGACUUGGGAAAACAACUCUCGCCAAACUUGUUUAUAAUGAUAAACGAGUGAAGGAUUGUUUUGAACUAAGGAUAUGGAUUUGUGUUUCUGAUCCAUUUGACGUGGCUAGGAUUGCAAUAGGAAUUGUUAACGAAGUGGGAAUAGAAACGAUUCCUCCAAACUCCAACCAAUUGUCACUGGUAUUAAAAAAGCUAGAAGCAUCCAUUUCAGGAAAAAGGUUUCUUCUGAUACUUGAUGAUGUUUGGACAGAAGACAACACCAGGUGGGAGCCUUUGAAAAUAAGUCUCCAAUGUGGUGCAUCAGGUAGUAAAAUUCUGGUGACAACGAGAAAGGAAACAGUAGCUAAGAUGUUCCGUACCUUAGACGAUGAUAUGUAUCACCCAAAUAAGCUUAGUGAAGAAGAAUGUUGGUCUUUAUUGCGUGACACGUCUCUUCCAGGAAAGAGUGAUGAGGAAUGUGGAAAGUUUGAGGUUUUUGGCAAGAAAAUAGCUAGCAAGUGUAAUGGAUUGCCCCUUGCUGCAAUUGUUUUGGGAACACUUUUGCAGUUCAAGGAUUUGGAUGGAUGGAAACAUAUAGAGAAGAGUGAAAUAUGGCAAUUGAAAAAGGUAGAAGUAGAGCUUUUUCCUCAUUUGGUUUUAAGCUACAAUGAACUGUCUCCAACUUUCAAGCGUUGCUUUUCAUAUUGUGCCGUCUAUCCUAAAGAUCACCGAAUUCAUGCGGAGACUCUGAUAGAAGAGUGGAUGGCGCAAGGUUAUUUGCCCUGUGUUCGGGGAACUGGUACAGUGGAACUCGAAGGGCGAGAGUACUUGGAGAAUUUAGCAAUGCGUUGUUUGUUUCAAGACAUUGAAAAAAACAAGUCAGGGGAGCAUAUAGAAUGGUGUAAAAUGCAUGAUAUAGUACAUGAUUUUGCUCGAUUUCUUAGGAAUAAUGAUGACAAGGUGAGAAGUUGUCAAGUUUGUGAUUCUUCAUUGGUUUCUCAUGUCCAAGAAUAUCGAAGUCUAUCGUGGUCCUACGGACCUCCUGUCGAUGGAAGGGACAAAAGUUGUCAAGUUUGUGAUUGCAUGAAAAGUCUAAGGGUGUUAAGAAUUAAGAGAAUUAACAGUCUUAUUCCAGUAGGAAUAGAAACGUUAAUUCACUUGAGAUGGUUGGAUUGUAGUUGGACUAUAUUGUCAAAGGAUGACUUUGAAAUCAUAUGUAGGCUUUAUUUCUUGCAAACUCUUCUCUUAUCAUAUUGCAAGCUAACAGAAAUUCCACGAGAAAUUGAGAAUUUGGUUGAGUUAAGGCGACUUAAUUUAAGUGGGAAUAAAGAAUUAAAAGAGUUACCAAAGAGCAUGUGUAAAUUGGUUGAAUUGCAAUCUCUUUUCUUAGAAGACUGUUCUCUAGAAGUGAUUCCACAACAAAUUGGGAAUUUGGUGCAGUUAAGACGACUUGACUUAAGUUGGAAUGAAGAAUUAAAGGAGUUACCAGAGAGCAUGUGUAAAUUGGUUGAAUUGCGAACUCUAGACUUAUCAUGGUGCUCUCUAGAAGUGAUUCCGCAACAAAUUGGGAAUUUGGAUCAGUUAAGACGACUUGACUUAAGUUCGAAUAAAAGAUUGAAGGAGUUACCAGAGAGCAUGUGUAAAUUGGUUGAAUUGCGAACUCUAGACUUAUCACGGUGCUCUCUAGAAGUGAUUCCACAACAAAUUGGGAAUUUGGUGCAGUUAAGAGAACUCGACUUAAGUUGGAAUGGAGAACUAAAGGAGUUACCAGAGAGCAUGUGUAGUUUGGUUGAAUUGCAAAUCUUGAGGAUUGCAUACAUUGAUAUCGACUAUUUGCCAGAAGGAUUAGGUGAGUUGAGUAAUCUUUGUACACUGGGACUGAGCAAGUUCAAAGUAGGAAGUCAAUACAACAAGUUGGGAUUACUGAAAAAAUUAUACCUUUGUUUUACUGAAUCUCUAGAUCUGGAAAUCUACUGGAGUAGUAUGAGUGAAAUGGUGGAAUUGGUAGAGGAAGCUCGACAAGCACAACUAGAUACAGUCCUUAAUCUCGAAUCUCUCCGUAUAUGUUUCAAGAAUGAGAUGAAUGAGACAGAGCAGUCAUCAUCAUCAAUGUGGAUGGAGCUACUUGAAGCUCUCGUGCCCCAUUACAACUUGGAGACACUGUCAAUCUAUGAUUAUAAGGGGCUCCAGGCUUGCGCAUUUGAUGUCAUCACCCCUCAACUCUAUAAAAUAUAUUCAUCCUACUGA